AUGGGUUGCGUCCAAUCCGCCGCCUCCGCCACCGACGCGCACGGACGGUCGUCCUCGAAACCAUCGUCUUCUUCCCGCGAACAUAGCUGGAGAACCACCGGGAUUGUCGCUCUGCGGGACCAAAAUCUUCGUGAGCUCCCCAAGAAGUUAUUCUCCCAAGAGAGCGACCUGCCCGAGCGCGUGCGCAACGUCGACGCGACGAACAACCGUCUGACGACGAUCCCGAGAGAGAUCUCGUUAUGGUGCGGCAUCACACGAUUGGUCUUGGCAUCGAACGAGAUCGAGUCGCUUCCGGAGACGAUCGGGACGCUGACGAGGCUCAAGACGUUGACGUUGGACGGGAACCGUCUGCGCGAGUUCCCGAGCUCGAUCGGCGACCUGCGAGCGCUGGUGACGCUGAGCGCGUGUGAUUGCGAGUUGGAAACGCUACCGACAUCGGUAUCGCGAUGCGCGGCGCUGACGACAGUGCGAAUAGCUAGGAAUAAAGGUUUGCGCUCGAGCGCGUUGGACGCGCUCGCCGAAUGCGAGCGCCUGGAGGAGAUCGACGCGAGCGCGUGCGCACUCACCGUCUUGCCCGCGGCGUUGGGUCGAUUGAAACGACUUCGCGCUUUGAACGUGGACGAUAAUCUCGGCGUGCACACGAUCCCGAGCGAGGUGUUUAAAUCGUGCGAGUCGCUCUCGAAGCUCUCCGCCCACGGCACGAGCCUGCGAAACGUCGAGUACAUCGACGGCUACGACGUCUACGUCGCUCGCGCCAAGGAGCGACACGGCAGGAUCAUCGCGGGUAACUCCAUGAUCGUCGACGAGCGUCGCGGGUUGGAUUACGGCUUCGACCACCGAGCGUGA